AUUCUGCUUUAUUUCCUAAAAUCUGGAUGUAAUAACAAUAGCUAUUCUGUUCCCUGGGAACAAAGAUAUUACAAAAAUGAUUAGAAACUUCAGUUCAUCCACAAGGAUCCUUUUUGUGUUGGUCUUCAUCCUGUGUACCGCUGCAGGGCAGAAAACGGGCAACACCUUUACAGAGAAAGGUCUUUCCUUGCUUGGGUACCAUUUAUGCAAUUAUACUGUUGACAAAAAUGUGAACAAAAUGGUUGCCUAUAAAAAAUCAUAUGAAAAGCAAGCACUAUGUGGAGGAUGGAUUCCAUGGAGGGCUUGCACCAAAACCUAUUACAAAGAAGAUUAUCAUCCUGUCAUGGUCCCAGAGGUUUUGAAUCUGACAGAUUGCUGUGAAGGAUAUGAGCAAGUUGGCCUCUACUGUUCCUUACCCUUAAACAGAUCCAGUGAAUUUGCCUCAAGACCUGGUGCCUGUCCAGCAAAGGAUGUGGAAAUGUUAAAUAUUUCAUGCACAUUUGAUAUGGAUUGUCCAGAACGUAAAAAAUGUUGUGACACAUCUAAAGGGGCUGGCUGUUCAGAUCCUGUACUAGAAGAUCAAACAGUGACAAAAUAUUGGUACGAUGUGGCAAUCCUGGUGAAAAUGGAUUUCACUGAGUUAAACAGAGUGGAUCCAAAACUUCUGAAUCAUUCACGCCUUUUGCACUCUAUGAUUACUGGAGCAUUAUGGCCCUUGAACGCCUCAGUGUACCAUAUCCAGACUACAAAGGCAGAACCUUAUACAGAGACAUUAACUUCUCGGGUCCUGAUUGGACUGCAACAGCUGGUUCCGUUGAUGAAUGUUUCUUCAUUGCUGAAGGACAUUGUGAUGCGAGUGUAUGAAGUUAUCAACAUAGUGGUUCAAGACUUUGCUCCAGGUUCACCAAAUGUUCUGCUUAAAAAUAGAAAUUCUUCUGUUUUGGUGACAAAUUCAACAUCUGCAUCACAAGAAACUGGCACAUCAGUAGAUUCUGAAUGCUAUGCUCCGGAUAUUAGAAACCACAGGAUCUUCAGUGUUACCAGCACCGGUUUUGAAGUGUCUUGGAGCAUAAAUUCCAUACGGAACCAUUCAUUCCAAAUAGAAGUAUACAAAGGCAAUCAACUUAUUCAAGCAAUGGAAACCACUGAUACGAAACUAGAUGUGUUCAGUCUGGAAGCAGGCAUAAUGUACAAAGUGAAAAUCAGCUAUGAAGUUUGUGGCAAAAACAUGGUCUCAUAUCGGAACGUGAAGACAGAUGCUAUGAUAUUUGGUUUGACAAUAAGGAUUUUGAAUUAUAACUUCACGGAUCAGUUGCUCAACACUAGCAGUAUAGAAUAUCGGACAUUGUCCAGCAUUUUGAUGACUGAGAUCAGAAAUUCUCUUCCUUCAAAUAUGUCUGCAUUGUACACAAUGGGAAAGCUGAAAGUGCAAUUGGAUUCUCUUAAAGCUGGUAGUAUCAUUGUGAGACUUAAAAUGAUAGUAGAAGACCCACAGUUUCCGAAAGACUUGUCUGCAUUUGAUCCAAUGAUUUCAUCACUGUUCAAAAGUUCUGCAUUCCUUGUUGACCAAAAUAGCACUGUGGUGGAAGACUGGAAUGAAUGUGCAUCGGGAGCAGAGAAUGAUUGCUGUAUGUAUGCAGAAUGUAUCAAUACAAUGGGCUCUUAUAUGUGUAGAUGCAAGACAACCACAGAUGCCAAUCCAUCCCGAUCUGGGAGAAACUGUGAAGGUGAAAUUGUGGAUCCAGUUACAGAAAUGGUGCCCGCAUUGGAAUCAGGUGUUACAGAAGGACUGCCUGUGACAAGUGCCACUACUCUAGCAAUGUCAGAAAUAAAAGCAGUGACUUCAUUCACUUCUAACUCCACUGAGACAAUAAUAUUGCCCUCAAGUGGGACCCAAGAGUCGAGCACUCUUCCAACAGACAAACCCCUGUCAGCAUCUCAGAGAAUGAGCACUUCAGGGUACAUCAUGAGCAAUAACACCUUGAGGACCUCAGAAGCCUCAGCUCUUGUGACAAAAAAGUGGGACAAUGUAACUACAUCAGGGUAUAUCAGGAACAAUAACACCCUGAGUACCUCAGAAACUCUUGUUCUGGUGACAAAAAAGUGGGACAAUGUAACUACAUCAGGGUAUGUCAGGAACAAUAACACCCUGAAUACCUCAGAUACCCCUGCUGUGAUGACAAAAAAGUGGGACAAUGUAAGUACUGCAAAUGAAAAUUUAGUGGAAGAGGGAUCAACAACACAAGAACAUCAUAACUCUUCAUUGUUCAUGUUUCCUGGAGUUUCAAAUACUACAGUUUAUCCUUUUGUGAGACAUGAGUCUGUCAGAGAGACAAGCACGCCUGGCCUUAUAACAGAGAGAAGUUUUCAGAAAGAUGCAACUUCAGCCUUGAAUGUAACACAAUAUCCUGAACUUCAUGCUCUAAACCAUACCCUGAAUAAAGAAAUGAGGAAAGAUAACAGAUCUUGGUCUGAGGAAAAAUCACCCACAAUUUUACCAUCUUCUUCUAAGGAGUAUACAGUUUCCUCCCCUCCCUCAGAUUGUGGUGUGCCCUUUCCAGCUGAAAGAAUUGUUUUUUCCAAUGUAACCAGUACCAGCUUUGAAGUAGCCUGGACCACAAAUGAUACACCAAAUCCCGCUUUCCAUUUUCUUUUGCUCAAUGGAAAGCAGCUUAUACAGGUGGUUAAGACCCAGAGCAGCAACAUGACUAUUUCCAAACUAGAACCUGGGAUUGUGUACACUGUUGAAAUUAUUACAGAAGUUUGUGGAAAGAAAAGUAAACCUGUACAACUUAAAGUAAAGACAGCUGCCCAGAUAUUUAAUGGAACAGUCAGGAUAUCAAAUCUCAACUAUAGUGCAGGGUUCAGCAACACAAGUAGUGAAGAAUACAGAAAUUUUACACAGUUAUUUCUCACUGAGGUCCGUACAUCUCUGCCCUUUAAUAUUCUUCAGAAAAUGGAUGCUGGUAUGAUUAAAAUGUUGAUAACGAGUGUUACUAAUGGAAGUGUAGUGGUAAGCUUCAAUCUCCUGGUUCCAGUAGACACGGACCCAAACAAUGUUUCCAAGUCUUUUCUUCAUUCCUUUCUACACAGCAGCCAUUUCAUGACUGAUAACAGCAGUCUCUCCAUAAAUGAUUAUGAUGAGUGUGUGAGAGAAGAAACAGAUUGCUCUCCUGAUGCAUCUUGCUCUAAUACUUAUGGAUCCUAUGAAUGCAACUGCAAAGAAGGAUUUAUCAGUGUGAAUGCUGAGAGACCUGGAAGAAACUGUGAAGCACUUCUUUCCAACCAUGAUGCUGGAAGUGCACAGACAAAAGACUUCAGCAGCACAGUUUUACCUUUGACAUAUCCGUAUACUUCAAACCAUAUGCCGUCACCUGCUAGAGAUGAUGCUUCUGUCUCCCCAGCCAGAAAUUUGGAGAACAGCACUACAGUUAGUACAGUUGCUACAAAACCAAUAUCAAAUGUUCAUAGUUCACCUCAAGCCUCAUCCUUACCAUUCACUAAGCCUUCCCAGGAGGUUUUAAUUAAGAAUGCAGUCCGAGUGCUCUGCGAGAUUGAAAAAAUUGUCAUCAUCAUCCAAAAGGUCUUUCUGCAGCAAGAAUCUAUCCCAGAAUCCUCCCUGUACCUGGGAAGGCCCUACUGCAAUGUAAGCAUCAGCAAUUCCAGUCAUGUCAUACUUCGGAGUGGGUGGAACGAAUGUGGAACUGAAGUGCAAACUAAUACAACACACACCAUAGUAAAAACAGUUCUUCGGAAUGAUAUGCUUUCCCUAGGGGUCAUCCGCCACCUAAAGGUUAUCAGUCCAAUUCUUUGUGUGUUUCAGAAUGAUCUCUUGUCUUCAUCUGGAUAUACUCCAGAAGGGGUUUAUACCAUUUUUGAGGAUUUACAUGGAUCAGGACAUUUCCUAACAGAAAUGCAGCUGUUCAUUGGAAAUGCUCCAAUUCCCAAAAAUUUCAGCAUCUCUGCUAGCGAUGACCUAAUGAUUGAAGUGGGAAUUCAGAGACACGAUAGCAACCUCAAGGUGGUUGUCAGCGAAUGUUGGGCAACUCCAACUAAUAACUCAAAGGAUCCUUUGUCAUUUCCUUUUAUAGAUGGCAGCUGUCCCCUUCCAAAUACACAAACCACUAUGAUUUCAAAUGGGAUAUCCAACAAAGCCCAAUUUAAGCUGAAAAUAUUUUCCUUUAUCAAUGACUCAGUGGUUUAUUUACACUGCAAAAUCCAUGUUUGUCUGGAAAUUCCUAGGAGCACUUGCAAGGCGACCUGCAGUGGUUUCCGUUCUCAGAGGACUGGGGAAACUGUUGCAAUGCCCAGAACAUCUUGGGGGCCCCUGCGCAAAUCCAAUGAUGAGAAGGAGAAACUUGGUUUAGGAGCAGGCUACAUAGUCCUCAUUGUUGUUGGUGCAUUUGCUCUUAUACUGGGAGUAACAGGGCUUUUAGUUGGCCGACAUCAACGCAAGGCUGGGGCAUACAACUUCAAAAUCAAGUCUGACAAUUUUAACUACCAAGUGUUCUAUGAUUGAACCUUUUAGUUUUUCCACAAUACCAUCAUUGUUGAUAUAACCUACUCAAGCAAGAUAGAACACUUUCAUCAGUGUAAGGAAACAACAGACAUUUAUGGAACAAGUCCUUCAUGAUCAGAGGGGGUGUUGUUUUUCGGUCUUGCAUAUGGACUAUCACUCACACCGGUCUUUGUGCAAGGGUGGGAAGACUCACAUCACGAGUUUCCAUCUGAAGGCACACUUCUUGGACUAUACAGAUGAGAAGCCUUAUUGUAACUGAGUUAGUCUCUAUGUUAUUGUUUAGCUUUCUUGCUUCGUGUUUG